AUGGCACGCUUUACCCACCGUGUCGACCGACGGGUGCGACAUCGCCCAGCAAAGCCCGAAAAGAGGCAUGCGACCUCCCAUGCCACAGCUCGAGCUCCCCGUCCGAUACCGAGUGCAUCGCCGUCUGCCACGCCAGCUACACACACUGUGCAGGAAGAAGCUCCGAUUCCGCCAGCUACCCCUCGUGCAGCAAUCGUCAGCACUACUGUCUCUCGGCCGCCCUCCAUCCCCCCAAAGUCCACCCUGCAUACCCGUCGCCCUGCAUCUGCUCCACGGAAGAAGAAACCUGCGAAGGCUACCGCUGCAAAGCCGAAGAAGAGCAAACAGGUAGCUCCAGAGCAAGACGAACCACGAAGAAGUACUCGCCGAAAGAUCGUGAUUUCAUAUACGGUGCAGGACGUGGACGACUAUGACGACUCAGACGCUGAUCCCGACUAUCGGGGAGACGGAUCUCGGUCACGAAAAGCGAAAGUUACGCACACCGCCGCUGAUGAGAGAGCUGCCGACAUGUUGGAUUUGGUUGGCAGCCACAAAGAUCGAAAUGAGCCCACGGCUCCGGGAGUCACUAGCCGUCAGAAGCAAGACGUGUUAAAGGAUCACGCCGAUGGUGAAGGUUGCUGUGAGAAAGACGAAGGAGCAGAGAGGACGGAGGUUGGCUAUGGGGUUAUUGAUGAAGAGAAUGUGGCACUGUGCAAAGAUUACAACAAGCGAAAGACUGCGGCUUCAAACUAUCUCGUCCCCUCGCCAGCCACGAACAGGAAGGGACAGGCCAGCAAUCCCCCAGGAAACGUCUGCCUUCGUGACACAAGCAUUGUUGGCAACCACGAAGGAGCUCAUGAAGUGGACCGUCUCGAUUACUCUGAAAUGAAAAAGUGUGUCGAAGACUUAACAGCCUUCGAGCGACGGCGGGUGCGUCUGAACCACCGCGGGGUCCGCGAUGACAGUCUGGACGACGCUGACAGCGGUGGGCGGCGGACGGUCGCCAAACAGGAAGCCUUAUUCGUCCCAAAUACCCCAGAUGGGCCAAAAUAUUCCGUUCCCCUGGGAGAUAUCGGUGGCUGUUCGGCCAACGACGGGACUGCCGCGACGCUUCACGGCAUGGGCGGCGAUUCGAAUGGGACACCGCACGACGACCAUACGGGCAUAGAAGAAAUCUACACUCAUGGAACCCCGUCGGCGGAUGUCCGCUACAGAGGAACACGGACCCAUGCCAUUGCUGCCGGUAAUCCAACUACCUCCAACAGCAUACAGCCCCGUACGGCUACCACGGUUACCGAAAAAGCCGUGGCCCAUGAGGGCGAACACAGCCCAAGCGAGAACAUACCCGACUGCGCUACGUCAGCUGGCCACACCUCGCUAAUCAACGACUUCGGCGUCUACACCAGCGACGGUCUCGCGAGACUUCCCCCGCCUAUGAAGUCCCCGAAACACAGAUUUCCGAACCUCAACGAACUUCCCGCGCCAAAGCGAGUUAAACGGGAUUGA